AUUUGGGUGUUGAGUUGAGAAAAUGGGAUCACUAUGGACAAGGGUGAUAGUAGUUAUAAUGAUAAGUGUUUUGGUUUUAGAAGAAGCAAAGCGGAGUAAUGGGUGUUGGGAUGAAGAACGUACAGCACUCUUGCAUCUUAAAUCUUUCUUCAAUUUGAAAAUGAUGGAAGAGGGUCCAGAUUGCUGCGAAUGGAAAUGGGGAUGGGUUGAAUGCAAUGUCACCACCAGACGAGUCACUGGAAUCUACCUAAACGUCGCAAAGAAUUACUUCAGUUAUAAACUGAAUACUUCUUAUCUCUUUAAUGCAUCUAUCUUUCUUCCCUUUGAAGAUUUGAGGACUCUUGAUCUCAGUUAUAUUGGAUUCGCUGGUUCUGUUGAGAAUCAAGGUAUUGAAAAGCUAUCCAAGUUGAGACAUCUGCAGAAUCUAAGUUUAGCAGGAAAUGAUCUUUUUACGGGUUCAAACCUUACUGAUGAAAUUAAGUUGCUUUCAAGGAUGAGUAGUUUGGAAAUUCUUGAUCUAAGUAGAACCAACAUGACCAACAAUUACUUGUCCUAUUUGGGUGGCUUUUCAUCUUUAAGAAGUUUAACUCUCCAGGGAAAUUAUUUACAAGGAACAGUUGAAAUUGAAGACUUUUAUAAUCUGAAGAAGCUGGAUUUAAGUCAAAAUGGAAUCGAGACCCUCCAGUCUUCUUACGGCAGUGGCAGGUUGAUCAAUUUACAAGAAAUUGAUUUGAGUUAUAAUCUCUUCGAUAAUAAUAUAUUGGCGGAACUUGGUGGAUGCUUAAAUUUGAAGUGUUUAAAUUUAAGGGGGAAUCGACUAAUUGGAUCAAUAGAUGUUAAAGAGUUUUGUGGUUGGAGCAAUUUGGAGAGUCUAGACGUGAGCCAAAAUUGGGUGAACCAAUUUGUGAGUUCUAAAGAAAAGAGAUGUUUCAAGAAGUUAAAAUUCCUUUAUUUAGAGGCUCUUUCAACCAACGGAAACACCACACUUGUAUCACUCCUUGAGGCGUUUCCAUCUGUUAAGACCUUGUUUUUAAGGGAUAAUUAUUUCUUAAACAACACAGAGGUUAAUCAACAGUUGCAUGUGUUGAGAAAUGUGGAGAACUUAAUCCUGGAUUUUACUCCUCUGCCCUUCAACUUCUUGCAAAGCAUUGGCAUCUUGACUUCUCUCAAAACCUUGUCUUUGUAUGGUUGUGGUUUGACCGGCACUUUACCCACUCAAGGUUGGUGCUACCUAAAGAGUCUUGAAGAACUUAGUUUGAGAAGAAAUGCUCUAGGAGGUGAAAUUACUUCAUGUUUGGGUAACUUGACAUCUCUUCGGUACUUGGACAUAGCCGGUAAUUACUUCACUGGAAUUGUUGCCGACACUCCCCUCACAAAUCUCUCAAUGCUUCAGUUUCUCUCCCUUUCAUUUAAUCAAUUUCAUGUUCCACUGUCAUUCAAGUCCUUUGCAAACCACUCGAAUCUUAAAGUCCUCUUAGCCAGAGGAAACAAGUUUGUUGCAGAACCAGCAACUUCCCAAACUUGGUCUCCAAAGUCCAAAUUUCAACUUAAGGUCUUUGAUAUGUCGUCCUGCGAAAUAGAUGAAGACGGGAAACUACAACUUCCUAACUUCCUCUAUUACCAAUAUGACUUGAGAUACAUAGAUCUUUCUUAUUGUAGUUAUGGUGGAAUAGGGUUCCCACAUUGGUUGGUAGAGAACAAUACCAGAUUAGAAGAUCUGCUCUUGAUUGAUACUUCAAUCGUCGGUCCACUUUUCUUACCAUCCCACCCUAAUCCUUACUUGAAGACAUUUGUUCUAUCCUAUAAUCACCUGCAACACGAAAUUCCCAGGAACUUUUGUUCUAUUUUCCCAAAUUUGGAGACCUUAUGGCUAAGUGAAAAUGCCCUCAAAAGUACUAUUCCUGUUUGUUUGGGAGGGAUGCAACAAUUGAUAUAUUUAGACAUGUCUGUUAAUAAUCUUUCUGGAGGAAUACCGAAAGAGUUGGCAAUGAGUAGGUCAUUGGUGUUUCUUGAUCUUUCAGUUAACACAUUGAGUGGCAAAAUAUUUCCUCCAAUUUAUUAUUUCUUUAAUUCAUUGGCAGUGGUAUUAUUGAGAGGAAACAAGUUUGAGGGAGAGAUUCCUGAUUUUUCAACCAUUAGCUCUACAAAUCUCUACAUGUUGGAUGUAGGUUUUAACAAUUUGUCAGGAAAGCUUCCAAAAUGGUUAUGGAAAAACACAAAUAUAGAGAGAUUGGAUCUGUCCAGAAACCAUUUCGAGGGGUCCAUUCCUAUGGAAUUCUGCAAUUUGGUUGAUCUUCUAUUCUUGGACCUUUCUGAAAAUCAUCUAUCUGGUACAAUUCCAUCUUGCUCCAAUCUACAGAAGAUAGGGUAUGUGCAUUUGAGAAAAAAUAAGCUAAGUGGACCACUGUCACCUGCCUUUAAUGGGAGUUCUUUGGUAACAUUAGACCUGAGUGAAAACAGCUUAACUGGAGAAAUUCCUGAUUGGGUUGGCAUGUUACCGAAUUUGAGCAUUCUUCUUCUAAAAGCUAAUCAGUUCGAUGGAGAAUUACCUGUCCACUUUUGCAGACUGUAUGCACUAAGCAUCUUGGACGUCUCUCGGAAUAAACUUUCUGGUCGUAUACCGUCAUGUUUGAGUAAUUUAACUCUUAUUCUAGGGACUAAAAGGGAUACUAGCCAUCCAUUCAAUAAUAUAAUUAUGUAUUCUGCUUUUCGCAAUGUAUUGGCAGGUAGUAGAUUCACAAUAUAUGAUCAGAUAAGCAAUAAAGGUUAUUACUAUGAUGAACUUCCAAGUUCACGUUCAUAUUUUCUUAAGUAUGGAGCAGAAUUUAUAGAGUUUCCAACAAAGUACCGAGUAUACACUUACCAAGGUAAAAUUCUUGACUUGUUCUUUGCAAUUGAUCUCUCUUGCAACCAACUCACAGGGACAAUCCCACCUGGAAUGGGGAAUUUGAGUGAAAUCCGAGGACUAAACUUGUCGCACAACAACUUAACUGGAGCCAUCCCUUCAACUUUCUCAAAACUCAAGCAGAUUGAGAGUUUGGACCUUUCUUACAACAACUUAACUGGUAGGAUCCCCUCUGAACUGACUGAGAUGACUGCUUUGGCGGUAUUUUCUGUCGCACACAACAACUUGUCAGGGCCUCUCCCCAAUAGGAAAAAUCAAUUUGGGACAUUCGAGGAGAACAGUUACAAGGGAAACCCUCUUCUUUGCGGACCUCCAUUGAACAAGAGUUGUAGUGAAGGUACUCCAAGUGCUUCAUCUAGCGAAGAAGAACAUGGUCCAGUAGACAUGGGUUAUUUCUAUAUCAGCUUUGCAGUUUCCUAUGGAAUUAUAUUCUUGGCAACUGUCGCUGUACUCUACAUAAACCCAUACUGGAGACGAGCAUGGUUUAAGUUUGUUGAAGACUGCAGCACCGCAUGUUAUUUCUUCAUCGUGGAUAGGCUUGGUCGUUUGCCCUGCUUCAGAAGAAACAUGUAGCCCUAUAUCUUCCAUGCGUGGUUCUAGACAUUUGGUUCAAACAUUGUAUAAGAUGGAAGUGUAGACUAUAUUUUGAUUUCUGUAUACUUUGCUUGGUAAAAUAAUUGUAUCUGAUUUCUGUUAUGAGAUGCAGUAUAAUUUAGAUUC